AAUCAGAGCGCUGUACAGCUUCGAAAAGUUUUCAGGUGUAAAUAUUCCUUUCCAAAACUCGACUUUGAUGUGUUCGAGUCUGCUUUGUUUCCCUGUAGAUUAGUUGUAAGUUUGCAACAGAGCCAGAUCCGACUGAGUAAAUCACUUGUGGAAGUUAAUUGUUCACAGUGAAAGCUGGUCUGGCUCAUUUUGCCUCCGUCGCAGGAAGAGACAGAGGUGGUGUGCUGGAUCUGCAUUCUAAACCAAGCAUUGACGCGACUUUAAUUUUGAUCAGAUGUCUCUCUUCAGGGCAUUAAAGAAAACCUGCUCAGUAAUCAAAAAGAGCCUCUUCUCUAGAGAAACGACUGAAGCUGUGAGAAUGGAAACCACAAAGAUUAAUAUGUCUCGCAUACCGCUGGUUAAUGGAGGCAUCGACACUGCCAUGCUCAAGGCACAGAAGCCCCGUGUUAUGUCCAAAAGCGGUCACAGCAACGUGCGGAUAGACAAAGUCGAUGGCAUUUACCUACUCUACCUUCAAGAUUUGUGGACUACAGUAAUAGACAUGAAGUGGAGGUACAAACUCACCUUAUUUGCUGCUACUUUUGUUAUGACCUGGUUCCUCUUUGGAGUUAUCUACUAUGCCAUUGCAUUCCUUCAUGGUGAUUUAGAAAUAAACAAGUUCACCCCAAAGCGUGAGCCGUGUGUCAAGAACGUAGACUCUCUGACUGGGGCGUUCCUCUUCUCCCUGGAGUCACAGACGACCAUUGGCUAUGGAUUUCGUUUCAUUACAGAGGAGUGUCCUCAUGCCAUUUUCUUACUUGUGGCGCAACUGGUAAUCACCACCUUGAUUGAAAUCUUCAUCACAGGUACCUUUCUGGCCAAAAUUGCAAGACCUAAAAAAAGGGCAGAGACUAUUAAGUUCAGCCACUGUGCUGUCAUUACUAAACACAACGGAGAACUUUGCCUGGUGAUCAGAGUAGCAAAUAUGAGGAAAAGCCUUCUGAUACAGUGUCAGCUGUCUGGGAAGCUUCUUCAGACAUAUGAAACCAAGGAAGGGGAACGGAUCCUGCUGAAUCAAGCCAGUGUCAAGUUUAAUGUUGACUCCUCUUCAGAGAGUCCAUUUCUCAUUUUGCCUUUAACCUUCUACCAUAUAUUGGAUGAAAGUAGCCCUUUGAGAGAUCUCACACCUCAAAAUCUCAAGGAGAAGGACUUUGAGCUUGUGGUGCUUCUGAACGCCACAGUGGAGUCCACCAGUGCUGUCUGCCAAAGCAGGACUUCCUACAUCCCCGAGGAGAUCCACUGGGGCUAUGAGUUCGUGCCUGUGGUUUCACUCUCUCCAAAUGGAAAGUACGUUGCAGAUUUCAGUCAGUUUGAAAAGAUAAGGAGAAGCACAGAUUCUACUUUUUAUAGUAUGGACUCUGAAAAACAAAAAUUAGAGGAGAAAUACAGGCAGGAGGAUCAAAGAGAGAGGGAACUGAGAACGAUGUUGUUACAGCAAAGCAAUGUUUGAAUGGACAAACUAUUUUGAUUAAUCCUUUUUGCAAACUGAAAAAACAUACUUUCUGUGCUGUAUGUCUGCUAUUAAACCAGCAGUGAAGUUCUUCUCAGCAAAUAGCUUUGGUGUAGAGUAAACCUAUCCCUUUUUUCGGCCAAAUUAUUAAUCAAGUAUUUUGUAAUUAGGCAGGAUUUCUUUGUUCAUGAUCUUGACUUAGCAAAGUUGGAUUUGUAUUAAGUCUCUGCCUUGUACUACCACUAAAAGCAGACACACCACUUUCCGUUUGGAAAGUGAAACUGGAUGCACUGUGCUGAUUCCUUCAAAUAUUUAUUUGACGUUGUUUUACUGUGACGAUGCAUUCACAGAGACAGCACUGCUAGAAGAAAAUAUGCUCCUUUAAAAUAUGUAUAUUUAACAUGUAUAUUCUCGUACCAGGUAUUGCCUUUGUGGGGAUUCCUGGUCCUGAAAGUAAGUUGAUUGGAGAGACAAAUGGUUGGAUGUGGGAAGAGCCUGCAGGGAAGUGGUAAACUCCUUCUUAAAUCUUGAAGGAGGGUGACAGAGUAGUUGUGCUGGGUGCUGGGAGCUUGCUCCCUGUCUCUGCUAUUCAGAGCUUGUUUUGUGGUCACUCACUUUUUUAACCUUUUUAAUGCCUGAUUUAUAUAUAAUAGCAAAAAGGGGAGAUGAGGGCAAGCUACACAGAAUCAUAGCAGUAAUCAACUAAGGUUAAAGCUGGCUUUGAGACACUUGUUUUUUGUCCAAUGUAAAUAGUUUGUAAUAGCAGCAUAACAAUACAUUUCUACAGAUUGCUUGCUUUGCUAUGGACCGUAUUUAAUUUUGGUUAAAAGAAACCUGUAUUAUGUCUAUAGACAACAUUUACUUUUUCUGGCAACCAUAAAGGACAAGCAUUCCUUUUAUCAAUUUAAUUUUUGGUCUUUUAAAACCAUUCCAUUAAUAAAGGAAUUUAAUUUGA